GUCGUGAGGAGUGACGCGCAUGCCCUGGAAUCUUAUUAACAACCUGUACCGACAAUUUCCGAAAAUAUCCGAUAAUAGCCGAGCUAAAGAGUUCUCUGGGUGUAAGAUGGCUGCUCCCCUUUUCCUGGGAUUUGAUUCGAGUACGCAGCAACUGAAGGCUUUAGUUAUCGACAGAGGCCUGAAUGUUGUGACCGAGGCCUCCGUGCACUUUGAUAGCGACUUACCGGAGUUCAAAACUCAAGGUGGCGUGCAUCAACACGAAGAUAAACUAACUGUGACUGCACCAACCGUGCUGUGGAUAAAGGCAUUUGACCUCGUUUUGCAAAGACUGAAAGAAAAGGGGCUAGAAUUUGAAUCUAUUGCAUGUCUGUCUGGAACAGGACAACAACAUGGCAGUGUUUAUUGGAAAAAUGGAGCUAGAGAAACUUUGAAAAACCUUCAAAGUGGAAAAUCUUUAUAUGAACAACUCAAGGAUUCAUUUGCUGUCAGUGACUCUCCGAUAUGGAUGGAUUCAAGUACAGGAACACAUUGCCAUAACUUAGAGGAUGCAGUAGGUGGUCCACAAAGGUUAAGUGACAUCACAGGAUCCAGGGCUUAUGAGCGCUUCACAGGAAAUCAGAUUGCCAAAAUAUAUCAGACAAAGCCUGAUGCAUACAACAACUGUGAAAGAAUUUCCCUUGUAAGCAGUUUUGCGGCAAGUCUUUUGAUUGGUGAUUAUGCACCAAUAGAUUUCAGUGAUGGAUCUGGGAUGAACCUAAUGAAUAUUUACAGCAAAACCUGGGAAGACGAGUGCCUUAAGGCAUGUGCCCCUAACCUGAAAGAGAAGCUUGGGAACCUAGUUCCUGCUUAUGAAAUAAUUGGCCCAAUAUCACAAUACAUGGUACAACAAUAUGGAUUUGAUCCAGACUGCAAGGUUGUAGCAUUUACUGGUGACAAUCCAGCAUCUUUGGCAGGCAUGAGGGUGGAAGAAAAGGAUAUUGUCCUGAGUCUUGGUACAAGUGACACACUUAUGUGGGCUUAUAAAACUCCCAAGCCUGCCCUAGAGGGACACAUAUUUGUUAAUCCAAUAGAAGACAAUGCAUACAUGGCCCUCCUAUGUUUCAAAAAUGGUUCCCUUACAAGGGAGUCCAUAAGGAACUCCUCAGCUGAGGGCUCAUGGGAGGUCUUUAAUAAGGCUCUGGAGAGCACCAAUCGCGGUAAUGAUGGAAAUAUUGGCAUCUAUUUUGAAACCACAGAAAUAACACCAUUUGCUGUUGGAAUUCAUCGGUUUAAUGAGAAAGGAGAAAAAGUAGAAUCAUUUCCAAAGGAUGUGGAGGUUAGAGCACUUCUUGAAGGACAAUUCAUGGCCAAGAGAGCUCAUGCAGAAGCACUGGGAUACACAUUAGGUUAUUCAACUCGCAUAUUUGCAACUGGUGGUGCAUCAUCAAAUCCUGCCAUACUGAGAGUGAUUGCCGAUGUAUUUGAUGCUCCAGUUUUUGUCCUUAAAGACACAGCAAACUCAGCUUGUUUAGGGUGUGCCUAUCGGGCAAAACAUGGUUUGGAGAGGGCUGAUGGCAAGACAUUUUGGGAUGCGGUUAGUGAAGCGCCUCCUUAUGUGUUGGUAUCAGACCCAUGUGGUGAAGCUCCUCAAGUCUAUGAUCCACUAACAGCCAGGUAUAAGAAGUUGGAAGAUAGUAUUGUGGACAAAACUCAUCUUCAAUCCAAGAAACGCAAGCUAGAAGCAUGAAUUGAUAUUCUGGUGGAAGAGUCACACAAACAUGUUUUGGGGAAUCAAGGAUAUGUUAUACUUACUACUCAGUAAUGUAGGUCAAGUAUUGUGAUGUUGUUAUAGAAUUCUAGAGACUGAAAAGAAAGGAAUUUAGAUAAAGGUGCGACCACCUUUCUACACAUUGUGUUCCUGGCUAAGAUGAGUUGAAAUUGAUCCAGUUAGUCUCUCAAUGUAGGUACAGUAAUUAAAACAUUGCCGGUUGCUUCAUUGUCUUCAUUCUGUGGGAUAUUACAGAGUUGCAGCCAGGCUUGUUGAAGAGGACCAUGCAGGUUUUCCUAUUAAUUUUAGUGAAAUCAAUGCUUUUUGUUUUUUGAGUUGUAUUUUAAAGUAUUUCUAGUUACACGUAUUUGUUAGGACAGACAUUUUUCUGCAUUAAUUAAUAUAUGACCUAAGAAUUGGAAAUGGCAUAGACCUUUUUUCAGUUUUGUUUAUCUAGAAUGAACUACAACUCACUUAAAGUUAAAAUGCAGCAGAAUAUAAGACAGUAAAAAUGAAAAAAGAAAACAUUAAACAAACACACAUGGACACUGUUAA